AUGGAGGUGGGGGUCUGGCUGCUCCACUGCUUCCUGCUUCUGAAUAGCCGCCCAGGGGGCUGCAACAACAUUAGUGGCCACGAUGGUCAGGGUCAAGUGGGAGUGGGGCAGCUCUGGCCCCUCCAAGGGUUUGCCACUCCAGUCUUCCAGCACUUACAAGUUGUACUCCAGCAGAUUGUGUCCCAAGGUUUGUUCUGGAAGGAUGACAUUAUCCAGGAUAUGAUGACCCAGAAGCACAGCAGCAGACUCCACCCCACAGAUCCAUGUCUGAGGCAGGGGCAGGCAGCAUUUCCCAAGAAAACCACUGGAAUAAGGGGCAAGCAAGAGGAGAAACUUCGACUCCUAUUCCCCAAGACCUCAAUGGCCAAAGUGAAGAGAGAGCAGUGCUUUACCACCAAAGUGGAUUUGAAGACCCUUCAAUGAGAGGUUGUCAACCCUGUUGAGGGCUUCUUUGAGCCACCCCCCACUGUGGGCCAAAGUCUUGUUGCUGACUGA